AUGCAAUCAACAUAAUUUGAUGAUUAAUAAUACUUAUGCAUAUCUCCAAUAAAUAAGAAAGUUGCUUAUAAGAUUGGAUCAAUUAGUAACUUUGAACAUCUUAAUGCUAUAAUAACUGAUUAUUGUAAAGCUGAAGCCUGA